UUUGAGGGUAAAGGGUAGUAAUGGUAUAAAAUUGUUUGUAGAAUCACUGAUGGGGCACAAUAUAUACAUAAUUGUCUUGUUAUAAUUUAUUGAUUAGUACAUAAUUUUCCCAUCUUUUUAAAUUGGAAAUUUUGCUUCGUCUUGGAUUCCUCUACUAUCUUAUUAAUUAAUUUAUUUAAAAACUUCCCAAUUCUAACAAUUACGGAUACCAUAAACAUCACUGACUGAUUUGCUUAAGUUUGAAUUUAUGUUCCCCAUAUUGUAGAUUUGAAUUUAACUAAUUAAUCCCAUUAAUAUGGCAGCACCAACCAGUAAACUUACUCCUGAUGAAGAUAGCAUCAGAAUGAUGCUUACGGCUAAGGUCCACAUUGGAACAAAGAAUGUUGAAAAUAAAAUGAGAAAGUAUGUGUAUAGCCGUACACAAGAAGGCGUCCACUUAAUUAAUUUGGCCCAUACACUUGAAAAGUUAAAGGUUGCAGCAAGAGCAAUUGUCACAGUCUCCAACCCCGAGGAAGUCGUUGUAGUUAGUGCCCGCCCCUACGGAAGCAGAGCAGUACUCAAGUUCUCCCACUACGUUGGCUCACACCCAAUUGCAGGACGCUGGAUCCCAGGAACACUAACUAACCAGAUUACCCAAAAGUUCAUUGAGCCAAGGCUAUUGGUUGCCACUGACCCAAGAACAGACGCACAAUCCCUAAGGGAAUCCUCCUACGUCAGUUUGCCAGUAAUUGCUCUUUGUGACACAGACUCGCCACUAAACUACGUCGACAUUGCAAUCCCAUGCAACAACAAGGGCAAGGAGUCAAUUGCGCUCAUGUACUGGCUCUUGGCCCGUGAGGUACUAUACCUCAGAGACCAACUCAAGCGCUGGAUGCCCUGGGACGUUCUCGUCGACACCUUCUUCUGGCGUGACCCGGAGCAGUUUGAACAGAAACCAGAGGAGACAGUGAAUACACACGACGAUGACUUGCUGACCUCAAGACCAACUGUACCACUACACCCACUCCCUGACUGGAGCACAGUGGACCCAGCCCACGCAAACUCCUCAGACUGGAAAGUAAUGGCCGCAGGACACGAGGAAUGGGGGUCCUUCGUAGAUACUAGAGCACAAUGGCAGUAAUUCGAUAAUAACUUUAAUAAUAUAGUUCUUAUGUG